ACUUGAAGCCGAGAGGGGCGCACCUGCUCGUUAAAGAUUUUUGUCUAUUGAUAUUUCUGAUCGAACCGUAGGCCUAUCUGUUGCUGGAUGAGAACGGCUUCUGAAGAUUGUUGGAAAGGGUUCAUGAAUACAUAAGACUCAAGGUGUUGGAUGGAUACUUGGGUUCCCAAUCCAAACGCCAGGCCGUACAUACCCAAGAAAUACCGCCAUGGCCGGGAGCCAGGCAGCAACAAGCGAGGAUUCUCCACAAGAAAAUGCAUUGUCAAGACUUUUCAGGGUGGGCUGGUGGUGGUCCUCCUUUUUACUGUGGUCAUCAACAUAAUGUUUAUUGUGGAAACCAGCAAGAAGCUGAAGGACCCGCAGUUCAGAGAUCAAAUUGGCAGUAAUGACUAUGAUGAGGUUGCUGUUGGGAAAAAGGAUAAGGUGGUGGAGAUGUCCAUGCCAAGUAGUCUGACCAUUGAGAUCAUGUCCAGUAAGACUUCGGCCUUCAUAUCGGUGGAUGGAACAACGGUAUUACAGGACGAUGAACCAGACAAAUCUCGAGGAAUCCACAUUGCUGUCCUAAACCAGGCCACGGGAAGUGUGAUGUCCAGGACGUUUUUUGAUACAUACAGUGCUAACGAGGAUGUGGCUAUGAUUAAGUACCUGGACAGCAUUCGCAUAGGACGUAUACUUAUAUUUACUAUCAAGGAUGAGGGGUCACUGUCCCUAAAAGCUCCUGCCCGUCAGUACUUGGCUGAGAUGGGAAGUGAAAAGAUUGAGUUCCUGGGCUACAGAGAUACCUGGUGUUUUGUCACAAUCAAAGGAAAAGGGAAAGUGAUAAGUGAGACUCAUGCUAAGGCAUCAGACAUGUCUACCUGGGCAGAAAAAGUCUCACUCCAAACUAAGAUCCCCCUGGUAGCAAUGAAAGAAAGUGAAUGUCCCUGGCCAGACACUCCAGAAAACAAGAGGAGACAGGCAUUUUGUAACAAGUUUGAGGGCUAUGGUUCUACUUGUAGCUGCAGAGAUCCAGCACCCAUCUCAUUCACACCUAACCCAUUGGAAAACAACAAUAUAGCUGAUGUGCCUGUAGUGGUGAUCGCCAGUAAUCGACCUUAUUACUUAAACAGAAUGCUGCGCACACUACUGUCUACUCCUGGUGCAGACCCCAAAAUGGUGACAGUGUUUAUUGAUGGGUAUUACGAGGAACCCCUGGCUGUUACCACACUGCUGGGUCUGAAAGGUAUACAGCACACGCCCCUAGGUACAAAGGCAGCUAGGAUAUCACAGCACUACAAAGCUAGUCUUACUGCCAUCUUCAACCUCUACAUGGAUUCAAAGUAUGCAAUUGUUAUAGAAGAAGACUUAGAUGUCAGCCCAGAUUUCUUCAACUACUUCAGUCAGACCAAGUUCCUACUGGAGGAGGACCCCACAGUAUACUGUAUAUCAGCCUGGAAUGAUCAGGGGUAUAACCAUUCGUGUAAGGACCCGUCCCUACUGUACCGGGUAGAGACUAUGCCAGGGCUGGGAUGGUUGCUGAAACGAAAACUCUACAAGGGAGAGCUAGAAUCUCAAUGGCCUACUCCAGAAAAGUUAUGGGACUGGGAUAUGUGGCUAAGAACCAACCACAUCAGGAAGAAUCGAGAAUGUAUUAUACCUGACAUUUCUCGUACCUACCACUUCGGCUCCAGGGGACUCAACAUGAAUCCAUACUUCCAGGAUGUUUACUUCAAAAAUCAUUCUCUAUUAAAAACACCCAAUGUCAAGUUAAAAGAUUUAGACAAAAUGAAAAGAGAUGAGUAUGAAGACUUGAUAACAAACUUGAUAAAAUCUGCAAAGACAUUAGAUCAUUCCAAAGACCCUUGUUCAGAGGAUUUCGUACCAAGAGUGUCUGAUGGUAAAUUUGUGAUGUAUAUAACCAUGAAUACGACAACAGAUUUUGUCACCUGGAAACAGCUUGCUAAGUGCUACCAUUUAUGGGACUUGGAUGUGCGGGGUUUUCAUAAGAGUAUGUGGAGACUGUUCAUCAAAGGAAGUCAUGUGAUAGUAGUAGGAGUGCCUGCGUCAGCCUAUGCACACAUGAGGCCAGCUGAUGUCAAACCUAUCUACAUUCCAGAACCACCCAAGAAAACAUAGCGGAUUUUGAGGAACUUCUGUGUGUCAAAUAGAAAGUAGUGAGGUAUUACAGGGUGUAAUUAUCAUUUACAGAAUGACAAAAUAAAUAAAGUUACUGGGUACUUACCUGGAACAGGUACCUGUAUAACACAGGUAUCUGUAUAACACCUAGCUCAAAUUUCCUAGUCUAACUAAAUGCCUGCAUAGUGCCAUAUCUAGCCAUUGUAUUCAACUGUGCAAUUAUCCAUUUGGACCAUUUACAGUCAUAGUGAAAGAUUAAUGUAAAAUAUUUUCCACAAUUCCCUGUGUAUAGCUGAUGGGCUUUAUGAUUUAUUAAUUACAAAACCCAAAGAAAAAUACUCUACUUAUGACCAUAAAAAUUUGUU